AUUAAAAAAGGGCACAAAAUUAUACUCUCAUUGCGAUUAUAAUGUUUUGUUAUGUAAUCAAAAGAAACGCAAACAAUGAUGGUUAUACGAAUCCCAUUUAUUUAUCACUGCCAAUACCAGUGCCAACGGUGAAAGACCUGAAAUAUCACCUGGGCACAAUAGGAUACUUUAAUCCAGAGGCUCAAUUGUUAUUUAUUCAAACAGACCGAGGGCGAAUAUUUGCCAAAAACAGCAAUCAUACGCUCGACCAAUACCUGACCAGUGGUUUUACCGUCGAGAUUCUGCCAAAAUACAGCCAAAUCAACGAGUUUCCAGUGAUUAACAAAAAUGGGGCCAAAACUUGGAGCCAAUUAUCGAAAGAAAAUCUCAGCUUAAAAGACGAACUAAAACUCUGGAAGCAUUCAAACGAGUGUUAUCGAAAAUUAAUUAAAAAUAUGGACAAAAAGUCGCGACAAUUGAGCGAAGAGUUAAACGCAUUGAAGGCAACAAAUGAGAGACACGUCGCGGAAAACGGGGAAUUGCGGCAAAUGUUGGCCACACUGGGGACAAGCACUUCGAUGACUACGACCGCCACCUCAGCAAACCGUUCCCACAAUCCGGUGACCACUACUUCUUCAGAGCAAAGCCACGACAAUAAUGUCAUUCAAAUGUUGACUGAAAUCCGGGACCAAAACAAAGUGUCAAACAAUUUGUUGUCUCAAUUGAUGGCAGAGAUGAUCGAUAACUCGGAUGACAGCGGAUCCGUUGCCAUCACUGAUGACAGCGCCGACGAUGAAAGCGAGCCGACUAUUGUCUGCAUACAAACGAGUGAUGAUUAUCUCCGCAAAACCUCUGGAUCUGAUGAUAUGGUCUUAUAUUGA